UGUAAUCUCGUCGCGGCUCCGAGACGGACCGUGUUCCUGCGGCGGGCGCACCGAGCAACAGUUGUCACGAUGUCUGCGAGCAGAUGAGGCCGGAGCCGCGGAGCGAUCACUGCGGCGCUGUCGAGCUCCGGGCUGCCGCGUCCCGCCUGCGAUGAUCCCGCCGUGCGCCUAACCGCCCGGGGGACGGCGAAGGGAGCCUGGUGAAGCCUCGCGUCUGCCCGACAUUCCUCCGUCGCUCGAUCGGCCACACGCCCGCGCACGCACCCGGCGGAGGCGAGGUUUCCGUCUGCGGGUGAAUCCGGACGACCGGCGGGGGCUCAUGCUCCGCUCCGCAGGGAAACGGGCUGUUGCGUCUGCGGAGAGUUGACGAGCCUGCGGAGACACGCGGACAGACAGACAGGCAGGAGGCCGAGAGACAGACAGGGAGCGAGGGGAGGGGGCCACAGCCUGGUUCGGCUCUCUCGACCCGCAGCGGAUCGAGCCGAGCCCCCUCCUGUUUCCGCCCAGAGCCGCCACCCAGUCGUCCCCCGCUUUGGAUGGGGGGAAAGCAGAGCACGGCGGGGCGGCCCCGGGGCGCUUUCCCCGGUGUCUCCACGGAUGACAGCGCGGUGCCACCCUCGGCCCACUUCGGCCACUACCGGCCGAGCGGCACGAUGGGCCUGCGGAGCCGCUCGGUGAGCUCCGUCGCCGGGAUGGGCAUCGACCACAGCCCCGCCGUGCCCUUCGGCUUCUACACCCCCAGAGGGACGGACUCGGACCGGGCCGGAGGGGGGUCAGGGGGCACCACAGCCGCCCCCCACCACGGCACCGGGUACCAGGACUCUGGGGGAGGAGGGCACCACACGGACGGGGUUCUCUAUCUGGGGUCCCGGGGGUCGCUGGCUGACACCUUGCCCCUGCACAUCGCACCCCGCUGGUUCAGCGCGCACAGCGGAUUCAAGUGUCCUGUCUGCUCCAAGUCUGUGGCGUCCAAUGAAAUGGAAGUUCACUUCAUCAUGUGUCUAAGCAAGCCUCGCCUCUCCUAUAACGAUGACGUGUUGGCGAGGGAUGCUGGUGAGUGUGUGAUCUGUCUAGAGGAACUGCAGCAAGGGGACACCAUAGCCAGACUGCCGUGCCUCUGCAUCUACCACAAAAGCUGUAUAGACUCUUGGUUUGAGAUCAAUCGGUCCUGCCCCGAACAUCCGUCUGACUGACUGACCACCGGGCCCACUCUGAAUACUGUUCAAGAACAUCUCGUGGUCGUGCCGUGGACACUCGGACACAGACGCAACCAAAUCCAAGGAAACAAUCAAAGCGAUCAACACACACUUAUCCCGACAGAAUCCAUCGUCCUAACCCAGAUCAAUUAUUCCCCCGUGAACCAAAAAAAAGAAAAUGUGACUAUCACACCAUUGUACAUUAAAGGGCAGCCCCUCCCGAGCCCACCAUCUUACAUCCGCUGAAGACACUACCCUCCCCAUGUCCAGACGAACGAGACGAGUCCCUCAAAGGGCUUCAUCAGGCCUCAACCCCCCCCCCCCCCUCCUACUCAGCCAUGGACUCUCUGAGGUGCUCAGGUCCUCACAGGUCUCCAGCAGCCGGCCUUCCAUCUUGAACCUGGAUCCAGAUCUGCCAGUCAUCUGUGUCCAACCCUCCCAUGGCCUUAACUGGGGAGAGGAGAGGAAGCAGAGCAGGGGAGGAAGGAAAGGAAAGGAGGAGGAGAAGGAAAAGGUUGGAAGGCAGCGACACAUGGAGGAUUGAGAACUAUGACAAACAGUCUUGUACAAUAUUCUGUGGGCCUCUCAUUUCACUACAGGACUCCGACUUGGGGGACAUCCUCAUAUAUAAGACUCGGUUCCGGUGUGCUUCUUCUUUCUUUUCCUUUUUUUUGACUCAUAGAAAUGACAUGAAACAGUUCUGGUCUGGUUUGUGCACACCAGGGCAGACUGGGGGGGGGAGCGUAAAAAAGAAAUAAUACAAAGUGUGGGAUGUCGGUUGAAGGACUCGGGGUGGAGAGGUAGGUUCUGGUUGGGGGAUGAAGGGGCCAGCAAUGUUGUUUACGCUCCUGCUGUGUAACAUGUACGUUUGGGAUGCUCCGGUGUCAGGCUUCAUCCCGUAUGUGUAUGUACACUAUGUGGUGUGUGUGUCUGUGUGUGUGUGUGUGUGUUUGAGAGAAUUUGGAACGGGGACAAAAUAGCUUUUGCUGAAGCCUAGUGACUGAGUGUGUGUGUGUGUGUGUGUGUGUGUGUGUGUGAGACAGCAUGAAAGGUCAGUGUAGAGGGCCGACUGGGACAGUGCCGUGUGUGUGUGUGUGUCUAUGUAUUGAAAUGUUUACAGUGUAGAUGUCCAUGUUCCCUGUGUGUGCGACUGGCAGUCCUCCCUUUACUUUGCUGAUGUUUACAGCUGCAGAGAAGCGACAUGACAUAUUGUAAAUUAUACAUGUAACCUCUUGGUUCUUUCUUUUUUUAGAUCUGCCAGAUUUUUCAUGUGAUCAUGACUCGUCAUUUUCUAGUGAGAGCCUUGAGUGUGAGAGUGUGUGUGUGUGUGUGUGUGUGUGUGUGUGCGUGUGAUUCCGUGCAUAUGACUGUUUGUGCAUGUGUGUGUGAGCGUGACAUUCAUGCUACUGUCGGUUCCCCACAUCGUGUUUCUGCUAGAGUAGGUCUGGUUACUGCGACUGGAUACGUGAGCCACUCAGACCUGAAGAAGGACGUUGCAGUCCCACUGAACGGGGCUUAUUUAUUCAUUUGUUCAUAUUUAACAAUAUUUGUUUAAUAUUACAGUCGUGUGGGGUGUUACUCACUCUUCAGAAUGCCAGAGCUGAUAAAUGAAGACUACUACAAACCAAAUCAUACAAACAAACUGCAUUUACAAAAAGCUACUGUAAACAAAUGGUGGAAUAAAUUGUGCUAGAUGACAGACUCUA